UCCGGAACGUCGAAGAAAUUCGAAAAAAUAGUUGACAAGGACCCAUAUCGUACCAUAACCUGCCACGUCCAGAAGCCCCGCCCUCUCCUCCGUUGCCAUCCACGUCUAGACAAGGGAACAACCGCCGUCGACACAGUUUCCACCUUUGAUCGCAAGGGUGACACUAGAUCCUAUCAGUCCUUAUGCGACACUUCGCCCCUAGUAGACUUCGAGCCACCAUCUCCUCUGGGCUCAUAAGAAGCACGACUCCCAAGCCCAAGACGCUUUCUCCCUUCACCGCGAUCUCUCGUUCGACUACAAACAUCACCAACAAACCUUCCGUUACUUUCACAAGCAACAUCCACACAUCAUCAUCAUCCAAGAUGUCUUCCACUCAGAUCUCUGCCAACGCGGUCCUUGACCUCAUCAAGCAGCGCCGCACCUACUACCCUCUUUCCAAGGACCUCGGUUCUUUGACCACCGAGCGCAUCAACGAGAUCGUCAAGGAGGCUCUUCAGCACGUUCCCUCGUCCUUCAACUCUCAGAGCAACCGUGUCGUUGUUCUCCUCGGCGCCGAGCACGAGAAGCUCUGGGACAUCACCACCGAGACCCUCAAGGCUAUCGUUCCCGAGGACAGCUUCGCUAGCACGGCUGGCAAGAUGGCCAUGUUCAAGGGUGCUGCUGGUACUAUCCUUUUCUUCGAGGACGAGACCGUCGUCAAGGGCAUGCAAGAGCAGUUCGCCGUCUACGCCGACCGCUUCCCCGUCUGGGCCGUGCAGUCGGACGCCAUGCUCCAGCACACUCUCUGGGUCGCUCUCGAGGCCGAGGGUCUCGGCGCCAACCUGCAGCACUACAACCCUCUGAUCGACGCCAAGGUCGCCGAGACGUGGUCUAUCCCCGAGAGCUGGAAGCUCAACGCUCAGCUUGUCUUUGGUGGCAAGACUGGUGAUGCGGGUGAGAAGGCUUUCGGCCCGGUGGAGGAGAAGUUCAAGUCCUUUGGUUCUGCUUAAGGGGAGGAGGAGGACCUAAGGAAGAAAAGUUGCGUGUGUUUGUGUUUGUUAAAUAUUAAGAAGCGAAGCGAUUUCAUAUGGUCACGGUAUGGUCGACGGACCUGCUAUGCUGCUACACUAGAAAUAGAGUAAAGUAGAGAUGAUGAAUACCCCCC